AUGAGUUAUAAAGCUCACCCAAAUUACGAGCCUCCUCAACCUCCACCUCCGGAGUACUCAACACAUUAUCCGCCACCGCCACCUCCAGAAUCUAAUAGUUAUUACAAUAGCGAUACCAAUAACAAUUAUCAAAACUAUGAAAGUCAUCCUGUAAAAAAAAGUUCGGCGGGUGAAAAAUGGAAUACAAAACCAAAGUAUCAAGAUUUAUGGGCGGCAAUAUUAUUUUUAAUACACUUUGGUGCUUACGUUGUUGCAAGUUAUUUUGGUUUAAAAGAGUUGGCAGAUACAAAAACUAUUGAAACUUCUGGACUCUUAGUACUAAUACAAAAAAUGCUAAAACCAAUUAUUUAUAGCGCAUUAAUCGGAUUUGUUUUAUCACUUGUUUAUAUGGUGUUUAUGCAACAAUUUCCAAAAAUUUUAAUUAAAGUUACUUUAUGGCUUUCAAUUGCUUUAUAUUUCCUUGCUGCUAUUUUCUUUGGUUAUCUUAGGUUAUAUAUCUAUGCCAUAAUAUUUGCAAUAAUUGGUCUUUUAUAUGCAUUCUGUGCUUAUUCUUGGAGGAGUAGAAUUCCAUUUGCUGCGAUCUUAUUAAAAACCGUUACAUCAGUAACUAAAAAAUAUUAUGGUACACUUGUAAUAAGCUUUGUUGGAUUAUUAUUAGAACUUGGUUGGACUGCAUGGUUUGUGAUUACAGCAUAUGGAUGGGUACAAAAAUUUAUAAGUUCCGGAGUAUGUAAAACAACCGAAACCGGAAGAUUUGGGUGUAGCAAUGCAAAUCUGUAUUUAAUAUUAUUGUUCCUCGUGUUUAGUUUUUACUGGACAAGUCAAGUUAUCAAGACUAUUGUACAUGUCACAGAUUGUGGGACUUAUGCAUCAUACUAUUUUCUUGAAGGUACAGCUCAAGGUGUUGGAUCUACACCAACAUUAAGUUCAUUAAAGCGUGCCUGCACCACUUCUUUUGGUAGUGUAUGUUUUGGUAGUUUAAUAAUUGCAGCACUCAACACUUUAAAAGCAAUUCUUAGAACGCUUGCAAAUAGUGAUGAUGGUAUUCUUGGAUUUGUGGCUGCUUGUUUUGCCUGUAUAUUGGGAUUAAUUGAAGCUCUUAUUGAAUACUUUAAUUAUUAUGCAUACAUUCAAGUUGCAAUUUACGGUAAACCAUUUAUUAGAGCAGCAAAGGAUACUUGGAGAUUAGUUAAGGAACAUGGUAUAGAUGCAAUUAUUAAUGAUAAUCUCGUGGGAAAUGUUCUCGCGAUGGCAGCGAUUUUCAUUGGGGGAAUUUGUGCACUAUUUGGAUUCGUCUAUAUUACAUAUUUGGAACCGGGUUUGUUUACUGGUGAUCAAAUGGCUUUAUCGAGUGCUUUGAUUAUUAUAAUUUCUUUCAUAUUUGGCUUCACAUUGACAUCUGUUAUGUUGCAACCUAUUAAUUCUGGUGUUUCAACUAUAUUUGUUGCUUUGGCCGAGGAUCCUGAUGCUUUGAGACAAACCAAACCUCGAUUGUAUCAAAGAAUUGUUGAAACUUGGCCUCAAGUUGCUUAUUAA